AUGGUGAAAGAGGUUCACAAGGGGAAUAGAUCAUCAACCACCUUUUCAAGGAAAGGUUGGAAACAAAUUGAACAAGAGUUCUGUGAGAAAACCAACAAGAGGUACAACAAUUCUCAGUUUAGAAAUAAGUUUAACCAGCUGAGAACCCGUUUUAACGAUUUUAGUAAGCUGUUGAAGGAACCUGGGUUUACUUGGGAUCCCGUGCUCAGUACUGUAACCGCAACUGAUGCUGUUUGGGAAUCAUACGUAAAGGGAAACAAAAAUGUGAAGAGAUUUCGGAAAAAAGGGUGCCCAAUGUUUAAUGAGUUAGGAAUCAUAUUUGGGGACCCAACAUCAAGUUACAAAGAUGCAUUUCCAUUAGCUUAG